AUGGGAAAGACGUACAUCGUGGAGCACCUCGACCCCGAGCUGGGGCCGUGGUCCGAACUCGAGUACAUCGCCAUCGCCAAAGAGACCCAUGCCGCUGCCGGCACCUUCCUGCUGUCCUCCCUGCCCGCCGCCUUCAAGGCCCCGGAGAAGCUGAGCGAGGUCCCGGCUUUCAAGGCCGAGAACCGGGGCGUCGAGGAGCUGUACGCCCACGACAAGUCCCGUGUGUGCCUGCUCGACCCCGCCGCCGCCAGUGACUUGAGCCCCGAGGAUGGUGAAAAAUUUGACGCCUUUUUGUUUGGCGGCAUCCUGGACCGGACCUCCGAAUUGAGGAAGAAGGGAUUUGAAGGCAGACGGCUCGGACCCACUCAAAUGACCACCGACACCGCCGUCCGUGUCACCAGAAUCGUUGUCGAGGAGAAGACACCACUGGACAAGAUUCCCUACGUUACCUACCCCGAGCUCAAGUUCAGCGAGCAUGAGAGCACCGAGAUGCCCUUCAAGUACGUGACGGACAAGAACGGCGAGCCCAUCAUGCCCGAGGGCAUGGUUGAUCUCAUCCGCAAGGACGCCGACAAGGCCAUUGAUGACCUCUUCUAA